AUGGGGCAAUUUAAUUAUGCCAUGUACAGCACACCACUAGAACGACAAAGAAAGAAGGACAAAGACAAAGAACGACAGAACGACAAAGAAAGAAGGACAAAGACAGAACGACAGAACGACAAAGAAAGAAAAAGAAAGAAAGAAUGACAGAAAGAACGACAGAAAGAAAAGAAAGAAAGAAAGAAAAAGAAUGAAAGAAAGACAGAAAGACAGAAAGAACGACAAAAAGAACGACAAAGACAGAACGACAGAAAGACAAAAAAGAAAGAACGACAGAAAGAAAGAACGACAGAAAGAAAGAAUGACAGAAAGACAGAACAACAGACAGAAAGAAACGACAAAAAGAAAGAACGAACGACAGAAAGAACGAAUGACAGAAAGAAAGAAGUUUCAUCAACACUCCUGUGCUGUAGUGGGGUGAGCAAAGACCGUAAAUGUGACAGCAUGAAAAUUGGGGGAAAAUUAAGUGUCAAUCCGAUGAAUGGAGGGGCACAAGGUGCAGUAGCUUCCUUAGUGAGUCAAGCAUCCCAAGCUGGUGGAGAUUUGAGGGCCAUGGGUGGUACCCUACCCACGCUCUUCCUGGACCUCAGAGGACAACACUGUGCACCAGAAACACAGCAGUCUCCUAAGAGCUGCUCCAGUUGA